AUCAUUCACAACUCUACACUUACCUGCACUUACACUGCUUCCUACAAUUCUGAACUCAUCAACACAAGUCACAGACACACUGAACCACCCUUCAGACAAACCUUCCACCUAAUCCCAAACCUCAAAUCACUUCAUAAUGUCUCCCCUCCCUAGCAAGAAUGAGUGGUCCGACCAGGCCAAGGCUCGCAUCAUGAGCUCUGAGGCCAAGUCUGGCAACGAUCCCGAGUUCGCCAAGCUUGCGCAAUCCGAGACCGACAAGACUCUUGCUAAGAAGGAGUCCGAGGCCGAGCAGGCCCAGGAUGACAAGGCUCAGGUCGACAAUGCUUCCACCAACAAUGCUUCCACCGACAAUGCUUCCACCGACAAUGCUUCCACCGACAAUGCUUCCACCGACAAUGCUUCCACCGACAAUGCUUCCACCGACAAGGGCAAGGCUGACAACGCUCAAACCAAUGAGUCUCAGGCUGACAAUGCUCAGGGAGCCACUGAUCAGGGCGAGCAGAAGAAGUAAGAAGCUCAGCAUGAACAGAUGCUGAGUGAACUAGUGAUGGAGCAGUCUUUUGAGGGAUGGCAACGCAAGGGAAUGGUUUAUGUUCCUAGAGAAUAUCAUACGGUUGAUACUUGUACUCUUCAACGGUAGCAUUUUCAAGGGAAGCUUGAUAAACCAUGACGCACCUUC